CCUCUCGAGCUCUUCCCCCGAAUCCACCACUAACCCUAACCGCGGCGGCGGCCGGAGGCGGAGGCGGAGGCGGCGGCGGCGGCGCGAUGGAGGAGGAUGCGGAGGGGAUGGAUCGCUUCGACAUGGACGGCGACUUCGAGGGCGGCCACUUCGGCAGGGACGGCGAGUUCUACUACAGGGAGCGCCGGGAGCGGGCGCCCCAGACGCGCGACGACGCCCUCUACGGCGUCUUCGCCGAGGGGGACUCCGACUACGACUCCGACGACGACGCCGGGAACCGACGCCGCCGCCGCAAGCGCCGCAGGGACGAUUCCGAGCCCGACCUCACCCGCCCCGUGCACUUCCAGUCCGCCGGCAAGUUCAUGCCCACCAAUGAGCCCGAGCCGGAGCCGGAGGAGAGGCCCGGGCUCGGAGCCUCCGCGGCGUCCUCCUCGAGGUUCGCUGCCGCCGGAGCUGAGGAUGGGGUGGAGGAGGAGGAGGAACAGGAGCUCGACCUGCCCACGGCGUUCGGGCAGCGGAUCGCCGAGGGGGCGCGCGCGAGGCGGGAGGAGAGGGCACGGGAGCGUGAGACGGCCGCGCGACGACGCCAGGCGUCGGGGGUGGCGGCCGGCAAGCCGGCGGCGGCUCCGGGGAGCCUGGAGUCCAACACGAAGGUGGCCAAGAUGAUGGCCAUGAUGGGGUACAAGACAGGGAUGGGGCUUGGCAAGAACGAGCAAGGUAGGGUCGCGCCGCUGGAAGGCACCCUACGCCCCAAGAACGCCGGUCUCGGAAGCGUCGAAGGGUUCAAGGAGCCCAAGCCGUUCCUUACUAAGGAGAAUUUGCCGCCUCCGCCUCCGUCGGCCCCUGCCAAGAAGGAGCAGCAGAGGUGGUCGAAGAAGGCCAGUGCAAAGAAAGGUCCUGUGUUGACGAAGAAUGAGUUGCUGGCGAUGCGCACUGAGCAGGAGCAGGACGAGCAACCCAUGGUUGUCCAGAAGGUGAUUGACAUGCGAGGGCCUCAGGCACGCGUGCUAACAGACUUGAAGGGGCUCAAUGUAGAACAGGAGAUGGAGGCAAAUGACGUGCCGAUGCCGGAGUUGCAAUACAAUGUGAGGCUGCUAGUCGAUGAGGCUAAGGCUGAUAUUGUGAGGCUGGAUGCGCAGCUGCGUCGGGAGCAAGAGAAGGUGGCAAGCUUAGUGCGGGAGAAGGAGAAAGUGGGAAAACAGGAGGCUUUGCAGAAACGCCAACUGCAUGUUAUGGAGACGAUUGCAGGGGUGCUGGAGCAGGUCCGGGUGGACGAUACAGCAGGUGUUCUUUCUCUCGAAGGUUUACUUAAGACCUUUCAGGAAUUGAAGGCAUGCUAUGUGGAGGAGUUCAAGAUGUGCAGCGUUGCAUGGAUUGCUUGCCGGUUUGCUCAUCCAUUACUAAUCCGAGUCUUCCAGGGGUGGCAGCCACUGCAGAAUCCAUUGUUUGGCUUGGAGGUCAUGUCAUCAUGGAAAGAAUUGCUGCAGGGGGACCAAGCAUAUGAUUUCUCAGGUGAUGUUGAAUCAAUGGCCCCAUAUGCACAAUUAGUUAGUGAGGUCAUCUUACCAGCUGUGAGGAUAUCGGGAACCAAUUCAUGGGAAGCUAGGGAUCCAGAACCAAUGCUCCACUUUCUUGAGUCAUGGGAACGGUUGCUGCCUCCUAUCGUGCUGCAGUCAAUAUUGGAGCAUGUCAUAAUGCCAAAGCUCUCAGCUGCAGUUGAUUCUUGGGACCCACGCAGGGAGAAGGUACCUAUCCAUGUAUGGGUGCAUCCGUGGUUGCCUAUGCUAGGGCAGAGGAUAUAUACCUUGUGCCAUUCUAUUCGAUACAAACUUAGUAGUGUUCUCCAUGUUUGGCAAGCUCAUGAUGCUUCAGCUUAUGCUGUGUUGUCCCCAUGGAAGGAUGUAUUUGAUCCAGCAAGCUGGGAAGAUUUGAUUGUGCGCUAUAUCAUACCAAAACUGAAGAUGGCACUGCAAGAGUUUCAGAUCAACCCUGCAAACCAGAAACUCGACCAGUUCAAUUGGGUAAUGAUUUGGGCUUCUGCAAUCCCAGUACACCAUAUGGUCCAUAUGUUGGAAGUAGAUUUCUUCAGCAAGUGGCAGCAGGUCCUGUACCAUUGGUUGUGUUCGCCAAAUCCUGAUUUCAAUGAGAUCAUGAACUGGUACAAGGGCUGGAAGGGCCUUUUUCCACCUGAGUUGCUUGCCAAUGAGCGCAUACGAAUGCUUUUAACGUCUGGCCUUGACAUGAUGAACCAAGCAGCUGAAGGCCUUGAGGUGGUGCAACCUGGCGCUAGGGAAAAUGUUGGCUACUUGAGAGCAACAGAGAAGAGGCAAUUUGAUGCAGCACAGCAAGCAUCACAAUACACAGCUUAUAAUGCGGUGCCAGGGGCAGCCAUGGCGGAUUUGAGCUUCAAGGAGUCUAUCCAGGCAUAUGCAAUGGAACAAGGCUUAUUGUUUAUGCCUAGAGUUGGUAAAUUCUAUAACGGUAUGCCAGUGUAUGAGUUCGGCACAGUGAGUAUUUGCAUAGACUCUGUGAAGCGCCUACUGUAUGCACAACUGCAAGAAGGAAUUGAGAGAUGGAGUGCUGUGUCUCUCACACAAUUGAUGGAAAUGAACCGGAAGGCAAUCAUUUGAUGGAUAUAGGAUUCUUUAGUUUCUCAUAGUCUUAGAAGAUGGUUGCUGUUAUUGUUCAUUGUCAAGGAAGUUCAAAAGCUUGAUGGAUCUUGCUCUACUAGUUCGUAUUUAGAUAAUCUGUGUAGUAUGAUAUAGGCAUGAAUUAAAGUGCAUGUUGAUCUGUUGUGAAUGUGGGAGGUGUGAUUGCAUCUCAUGGUUCAUGUACAUAAAGUUGUGGUUUUAUCAUUUUUUUUGGUUCUGUGAAUUUAUGGAGCCAUCGCAGUUCCAUGAUUUCUGGGUUUCGUUCUGUGAAUGCGGAACCUAAUCCUCAAUUUCCAUGAUUUUCAGUGUGAUUUUUGUUGUUUUCUCAGGCAUUUGAGACUUGUGUCUUGGUGUAAUUUGUAAGCUGUUGUGGUGCGCAGUGACCGUGUUGUCACUUGUCAGUAUGUACCGACUGCAAUUUUUAGUCA